CCCCUCCUGGCAGGUGAAUGCUUGGAAAGGUUCCUCCGGGGAGCCCUUGAGCCAGUACCUCUGUCUUCUCUCUGCUCCCAGUCAACGUGCCUUAUAAUUUUUUUAUGACCAAAAUUCAUUCCACACCAACAUGGUGAUGAGUGACAGUAGGAACGGGCCCUCUGUGCAUUGCAGACCUUAGCGCCAGUGCAGGGCUGAUUAGGUAGCUUUGUGGACACACAAAUUUAGAAGGAAUCUUGCUCCAAACCCAUGCCAGGGUCCUCUGGGCUUCUUUGCCCUGGGCUGGAUAGCCCUAGGUUGGGGGAGCUCUAGGUGUAAUUGUCAGAUCAAGUACUAUUUCUUUCCCCAACUGGUUGCCACUGGGGGCUUUUCACUGACCUGCCUUUCAUCUCCACCCUGCCAGACUGGACCCAUGCUGACAGGUCACAAUCAACCCUACAUGAGUUUUGUUUUCUGGUUGAUUUGAAAUAAGUUUUCUGUUUCAAUGAGCUGUGGAUGUCCCUGUAUGUCUCCUUUACAGUUCUGAACUCUUAGGGUGGAAGGUGUAAUUGACAUGCACUGUUAUUACAUUUAUGUUUUAAUUCCUCCAGAAAAGGGAGUUUGUUCUUUGUUUAAUUGCUGAAGUGCAGCCAUCUCUGAAAUAAAGCACAGCAGCUAAUUAGCAGUUCAACAGCACCACACAAUCAGUGGAAACUUUCUUCUGCACUUCUAGGACAUUUGGAAAACAAGCUGAGAUGAAAUCUUCCAAUAACUUUUUUUUUGUUCUUUCAAGGGCCCCUGUAAUAUUACUUUUAAAACAGGUCUAAGAUAUCUUAUGGAUUACAAUAGAAUAUAAUUUAUAAAUAGUCUCUUCCAAACAGGUAGAAUUGCUUAAAAAGGAAAGGUGACAUAGAAGAAUAGAAAAGACAUGAGUCCGAAUCCUAAACAAAGCAGCUGUGGUAUGGAGGGAGUAGAAAGUGGCAGGAUCAGAGGUGAACGAGAGUACAGAAAAUCCCCAAACUUACAAAUGGAAUGUGUAAAGCCAAUAAAAGUUGAAAAAAAACCUGGAAAAACAGCAGCUAAGAUCCGCAUUGAAGAUGAUGGAACCUAUUUUCAAAUCAAUCAAGAUGGAGGAGCACAAAAGCUUGAAAAGGCUAAAAUUACCCUGAAUGAUUGCUUAGCUUGUAGUGGCUGCAUCACAUCAGCAGAAAGUGUGUUAAUCACACAGCAGAGCCAUGAAGAACUUUACAAAGUGUUAAAUUUCAAUAAGACUGCAGCUCUGAAUCAACAGAAACUAGUUGUAGUUUCUGUUUCCCCACAAUCCAGAGCCUCACUAGCUGCAAGAUUUAACAUUACUCCUCUAGAGACGGCAAAAAAGUUGACAGCAUUCUUAAAAAAUUUAGGUGUGCAUUAUGUAUUUGAUACAACUUUCUCAAGAAACUUCAGCUUGCUGGAGAGCCAGCGAGAGUUUGUACGACGCUUUCAAAGGAAAACUGAAGAUAAAAAGGCUUUGCCCAUGUUAGCUUCUGCCUGUCCAGGUUGGAUCUGCUAUGCGGAGAAGACUCAUGGAAGUUUUGUUAUUCCUUAUAUUAGUACCACUAAGUCCCCACAGCAGGUCAUGGGCUCCUUGAUCAAGGAUCACUUUGCAAAACAACAGAAUUUUUCACCUGAUCAGACCUACCAUGUGACAGUAAUGCCCUGUUAUGACAAAAAGCUAGAAGCUUCAAGACCAGACUUUUUUAGCCAAGAGUACCAAACUCGUGAGGUUGACUGUGUAAUUACUACAGGAGAAGUUCUACGGUUGUUGGAACAAGAGGGCGUCUCCCUGUCAGAUGUGGACCCUGCUCCUUUGGAUACCAUGUUUAGCAGUGUUUCAGAAGAGGAGCUCCUUGGCCAUUCGGGUGGUGGUUCUGGUGGCUAUUUGGAGCACAUAUACAAGAAUGCAGCGAAAGAGCUGUUUGGGAUCCAAGUGGAUGAAGUUCAAUACAAACCUUUAAAAAACAAGGAUUUCCAAGAAGUAACACUGGAAAAGGAUGGCACAAUCCUGCUGCAGUUUGCCUUGGCUUAUGGAUUUCGAAACAUACAGAACUUAGUGCAAAAACUGAAACGAGGAAAAUCACCUUAUCACUUCGUUGAAGUCAUGGCUUGCCCGUCAGGCUGUUUAAAUGGAGGUGGUCAGAUCAGGGCAGAAGGCGAAUCCAGCAAAGAUUUGCUUCAGCGAGUUGAGAAGUUGUACGAGCCUGUUAAAACUGAAAUUCCAGAGAGGAACCUCGGUGUAAAAGAACUUUAUGAACACUGGCUGGGCGGCACAGACUCGGAAAAGGCUGGGAAAAUGUUGCACACGGAGUACCAUGCAGUGGAGAAAAUGAACUCUGGAUUUAAUAUCAAAUGGUGAAGAUGUAUAAACGCACUUUGUAUUUCUACAAGACUGUACAUUUAUGUCGUCUGUCAUUUUUAAGGUGCUGCGAAGCCAACAUGGGCACUGAAAUUCUGUGACACUGAGUGGAGGAACACAAUUUAUACAUUGAAAAAAUGUCUUGCAGCUAGAUGAGAAGGUGAUCUGUAUACACCCUGGUACUGCUAAUGAAGCCCUACAGCUUCUAGGGCCCUUCAAAUGAUUUGAAUAAAAACAAAUGCUGACU